GCCGAAGUCGUCGUCCCAAUCCAUCGUAUCGUUCAAUCACCUGUGUACCGUACAGAAAGUACAAGAUUUUUAUUUCGCUUCUACAGUACGAGUAGCGAACCGCAAAUCGAUCAUCAAAAUCAAACACACGGCGGUAAACGGAAAUUGGUGUCUCCGGAGCACAAGUAGAUAAUAAACAUCUCUGAACUCGCAUCAGAUCAAACCAAAAUGCAGUGCGUGAGUAGCGUAGUUUCCUUGUCGAUCAUAUGCCUUACUUUUAAGUCAAUAUGGAUUCGAGCAUUUAUUUUUGAAACGUUACCAUUGAGAUUGGACACUUCCCGUCCAGGAUUUUCACGGGACAAUAUCCUUCAGCUCGGUAGUACUAGCGAUGCCAACAUUUACAGACUUUUUCUUGAGCAGAAUUCAACAAGGAACUCGUACUCGAUUCAUCUUUCUAACAGCAGGGAGACUGCUCUAGGAGUAAAGCUGUACCGUUUCGGAGGGUCAACAGUAGAAGACCACAUGGAGGCAAAUCCAGAACUCACUUCGCGAGAUGAUGCACUUCGUUUCCUGACACCAACCUUCGACGAUUUUGGCAAAGGGAAAGUUUAUUAUGGGGAUGGCACUAUCGGGGAGUCGCUUCAAUUUUUUGCGCUUGGCGACGACAAGUCAUCGCUCGUUUCCUUGGAAAAAAACAACGAAGAACAUGUGCAUGAUUUACUUUUGCAAAAUCGUCGAGUUAUUGCCUCAAUCGAAGCAGUAAAAGAGCCAAUCGAAGAAAAAGAAUUGGAAAUAAGAGUCUCAAUUGAAUUGAAAAAUCUUUCAGUUCAUGAAGAUUCUAGACGGCGUGGUAUUGGCAAGGCGUUGACAAAAGCUGUUCAAGAUUAUGCUCGCUCCGAAGUCUUGGUCUUGAAGGAACAAAAGAAUAAAAAAGUUGAAGGGUUAGUUCACCUCCUUGUUGAAGCAAAGAAUGCAGGCGCUGUACGACUAUACGAAGAAAGCGGUUUCAGGAGAAUUGGAAUCGGAAAAGAUCCAUUAUGCAAAAUGACAUGGUCGAUCGAUGAGAGCUGACAUCAAUUUAGGACAGUAUUGCUGAAUCUGUUAAAAUCUUCAAGCUUUGGAAUUCGAUGGAUGGGGCCAAUUAUAGUAUCACCGCUGAUUAGGAUAUGUUUAUGAAACUACCUCCUACCUUACGUUCUUUGAAAUCUGCAGCUUUCGAUGCUAUCUCCUUUUGGACAUUUUUGUACUGCACCGAGUUAACUGUAAAAAAAGUACGUUAAUACGUUCUAACUGCUGGUACCGGUAGGAACAUUGAUUCACUUCCAUAGUAAAUCACCGUACCGUACUGUAAUACCUGUAAUACAAUACAUACGAUUCU